AUGAUUGAUGAGAAUGAGCGUACACCAUUGAUGGAUGACCCUGUCAAGACUGGUGCUCCAGAGGACAAAUAUGGUCUUGCAUGGAUAUGUUGCUCAUUCCUUGGACUUGGACUAUUGUUCCCAUUCAAUUGUUAUAUUGCAGCUUCGGACUUUUACGCUACACUCUAUCCAAAUGUAUCUUAUGCAUUCUUGAUGUCACUGGCCUAUAACUUCUUCUCUUGGAUUCUGUUGUUUGUAUCAUUGCGAGUGAUGCCCAAGUUCUCAUUCAGACUGAGGAUCAACACAUUCAUCAUUGGUGGCGCUGCCAUACUGUUUGUAAUGCCAUUCAUCCCGUCGAUGAUCUCACAGGAGACGGGCGCCGUGUCCUUCUCCCUGGUGCUCACCUUCCUCUCUGGCUGUCUGUCGUCACUGCUGUUUGGCAGUGUCAUGGGUCUGGUGGCGCUGUUCCCACCUACCUACACUGGAUCGGUGAUGAGCGGUAUUGGUGUGGCAGGUAUCUGUGCAUCACUCCUGCGUAUCAUCACCAAGGUAGCCAUGCCCAACACCGAGCAAGGUCAAAAAACAAGCAGCUACCUCUACUUCUUCCUUGGCAGUUUCAUCCUCCUCACAUGUUUCCUCGCAUUCCAACUCCUUCUCAGACUUCCAAUUACCAAGUAUUACAUGACAAGUUAUGAGGCAUCCAGAGCCAAGAAUGGAUCGAUCAAUGACAGUACCAACAACACAAAGAAUGAGGUACCUUUGAAGCCAUUGUUGCUCAAGGUUUGGAAGGAGGCAUUCGUUGUCUUUACCGUCUUCUUUACUACUCUAUCACUAUUCCCAGGUGUCACUGGACUUGUCCAGAAUAUCGAUUCAAACCUUGGACAGGACUGGUUCAACAUCAUCUUUACAUCAUUCUUCAUGGUUGGAGACUUUAUUGGAAGGACAGCACCAAAGUGGUUCAUUUUGUUUAAUCCCAACAACCUUUGGAUACCAACUGUUGCCAGACUUAUAUUCUUCCCACUCUUCUCAUUAUGUGUCAAGCCAGUUGUAUUCAAGAGUAUCUAUAUAUACUUUACCUUUAUGUUCCUGUUCUCAUUGACCAAUGGAUAUUGUGGAACAUUGGCAAUGAUGUUUGGACCAACGAAAGCAGAUGAGCAUGAGAAAGAGGUCACCGGCAUUGUUAUGUCAUUCUUCCUGAACUUUGGAAUAUGGGUAGCCACAAUGUUUGCAUUCCUUCUGAGUUAUUUGUUGACAGGAUCAACAGGUAUCAACUUCUAA